AUGGCCACGGAUACCUCCUACAAGGACGCCCUCCUCACGUUGCUCUUGAAGGCGUCUGCCCUCACCUUUGGCACCUACACUCUCAAAUCCGGCCGCAUCUCCCCCUACUUCUUCAACUCUUCCCUGCUGCAUACUUCGUCCCUCCUCGACGCUCUUGCACGUGGGUUUGCUUCAGUGCUGACCUCUCCUCCUUAUUCUCUCCCGCUCGGUACCGAAGAGGCUGGUGCAGCAGCAGAUGGCUCGUUCGCUCCUCAUUUUGACGUGGUCUUUGGACCGGCAUACAAGGGGAUCCCAUUGAGUGCUAUCGUGGUGCGAGAGUUGUUCUUCGCCGGCGAGAACUUUGCGGGAGUCUCAUACGCAUACAACAGAAAAGAAGCAAAGGAUCACGGGGAAGGGGGCAUCGUCGCAGGGGCACCGUUGAAGGGCAAGCGAGUCAUCAUUGUGGACGAUGUCAUGACUGCCGGCACCGCCCUGCGAGAGGCCGUCUCCAUCAUCAGGGCUCAGGGUGGCAUCGUGGUCGGAGUGGUCCUGCUGUUGACCCGUCAAGAACGUGUCUCCGACACCGAGCCGAGAAGUGCAAUGAAGGUGGCUGAAGACGAGAUGGGUGUGCCAGUGAGGGCUGUGCUGACAUUCGAAGACUUGGUGGAAGCUAUUCAGGCUGGGAAGGUCGAAGGAGCCGGACAGGAACAGCUCGAGCUGAUGAAAGCCUACCGUGAAAAGUAUGGGAGCCAGGAUUGA